UAAACCGCUGUGCUAACUCCCAGACUGCUUUCCAGACACCUCCAACCCACACAGCCCUUCACCCCCGUUUAUUCAGUCCUGGAAAAGGAGUUCUGUCUGUCCUUAGGAUGAAGCUUUCACUGAACUGAGGGAAGAGGAAACAGCCCUGAAUCCUUGGAGGUCUGUCUGAAUUUGGGGCCCUGCACAAGUACAAGCCUGGUGGAAAAAAGUUAACUGCUCCUGCUCCCAGCAGGUCCUGCUCGGCUUGCAGCCUGGGGAAAACCUGUGAGCCUGAGUGGAAGUGCCUCGCCCAGACGUGCACACAUCCCGUUUAGGCAAGCCAGCUCCACGCCCUGGAUCAGAGAAUUACUCCAGCUGCACCAUGAACCGAGUUCGAGAUGCUGGCUGCGUCGCCGCGGGGAUAGUGAUUGGAGCUAGUGCCUGGUACUGUGUCUACAAAUAUGCCAGGGGAAGAAACCAGACAAAGAAGAGAAUGGCCAAGCCCAAGACCAGGGCUGUGGCUGGGACUGGAGCCAGGGCUAGAGCCGGACUAAGGGCCGGAUUCACCAUUGACCUGGGGCCGGGAUUCGGUCCUCCAACCCCAGUCCGCACUCGGGCAGAGGACAGGGCCCAGGAUGAAGCCUCUGCUCUGGACGCAGCUGGAGCUGAGGCAGUGGCCCCAGCUGCAUCCAGUGCUGAGGCUCAGAGUGGGGCCGGAAAUCAGGUCCAGGAGGCAGAAGGGGCAGGGGUUGGGCCUAGGGCCGAACCAGUCGCCGGGGCCACAGCGGCUUCCUCAAUGGCACCACCCCCCGGGGAGGCAGAGGCUUUCCUUGAGGAUAUGUUUCCUACAAUAUUUCUGAUACCAAUUACUUGA